AUGCAGGCGGAUAUGCAGGAGCAGGAGGGUAUCAUUGACACAGUGCACUACGAGGACGGCGACUACGUGAUGGAGGGGGAGCAGGAGGACAUCAUCGACAAGGUGCGCAUCGUGGACGGCUACGACGGGACGAAUGAGGAGCAGGAGGCCAUCAUCGACCAGGUGCUCUAUGAGGACGGUGGCGGCGGGUCCGAGGAGGAGCAGGAGGAUAUCAUCGACCAGGUGCUCUACGAGGACGACACCGACGGUAAGAAGGAGGAGCAGGAUCAUGAGGCCAUCAUUGACCAGCUGCUCUAUGAGGACGGCGGCGGCGGGUCCGAGGAGGAGCAGGGGGAUAUCAUCGACCAGGUGCUCUACGAGGACGGCGACUACGUGCAUGAGGUGACGCUCCCUGGCGAGGCGGAUCCUCCCCGAGUGGCGCGGGAGAUCUUGUUUAAGCACGCGGGCUGGGACGGCGAGACCGAGGAUGACGAUUUCAGGAUGCCGCUCGGGGAGCUUUGCUUGCGCCACGAUUGGGCCAUGGAGUUGUUUGUGGAUCGUUUCGCCGCCUUCCUCGGCGGCCCCUGGAUUGGGCGAGUGCGGAGGAUUACUGGUGUUCGCGCGUUUUUUUGUCUGAAGGUGUACCCCGAUGGCGAGAAGGCGGAGGCGGACCCGAUGCACAUCUAUGAGUGUGGCAACCCCUCGAGCACGCCGCAGUGGGACGGCAUGAUGAUGGAGAAGAUGGCGCUUGAGGAGGAGCGGGUUGCCUCCAUGGCGCGGUGA